AUGCCGCCUGCCCUCAGGACAUCGGAUGGAGUACAAUGGGAUAAAAAUACACUGAUAAACCAGAGUUUGCCUUUACAUCUAAAUGGAGAAAAUUAUGCUUUGUGUCCCAAAAUUGCCAACCCAGUUGAAACUGGGAUGCAUUCCUGGUUUGUGGACAAACUUGAAAAAUGGCUCGCAAAAACAAGUUUGGAUAUAACUGCAAACUAUAGUUUGCCACUAAAUUGGAAGUUAGUUUGGGAAACGCGCCAGGCUCCGUUGCCGGCAGCCGCAGCAGUUCUGGGCGACAAGCGAGGGCGGAGGUUGCCCCUGCGGGACUCCUCCUCCGAGGGCAGGGCCGGGGGCGGGCAGGCGGAGCAGGAGCGAGCCCCAAUCUCGCCGUUGCUUGCUUGCUUCUGCCGCUGCUGUGUUGCGGAGACGUUGGCGGCGCAGAGCAAAGCAGCCGCUGCUGUUCGAGCGAAGCCGAGACGCACCGCGAGCCACCCGGGCAAGCCCUGGCUCCUGGUGGCGGCCAGAGAGCAAGGUCGCCAGGAGAGCAGAAGGAGGGAGAGGCGCAGAGCAGGCGAGAGAGCUCAACUUACUUCUCGCGGCUGCUCAGGAGGGGGAAAGAGCCUGCCUAGUGCAGGAGCUGGAGCUGCGGCAGGGGUCGCCACCAUGAGGCGGCUCGGGGCCGUCCGGCUGCCGCCGCCGCUGUUGCUGCUUCUGCUACAUUUGGGAGCCCUGUUGGACGUGCGAGGUGCAGUUAGCAGCAGCAGCACAGAAUGUUCCUGUGGACGCAACCACUUCACUUGUGCAGUCAGUGCCUUUGGCGAAUGCACUUGUAUCCCUGCUCAGUGGCAGUGUGACGGUGACAAUGACUGUGGGGACCAUAGUGAUGAAGAUGGCUGCAUGCUGCCCACUUGCUCCCCUUUGGAUUUUCAUUGCGACAAUGGCAAAUGUAUCCGUCGUUCAUGGGUCUGCGAUGGAGACAAUGACUGUGAGGAUGAUUCUGAUGAGCAGGACUGCCCUCCACGGGAGUGUGAGGAGGAUGAAUUUUCAUGUCAGAAUGGAUACUGCAUACGCAGCCUAUGGCACUGUGAUGGGGACAACGACUGCGGCGACAACAGUGAUGAACAGUGCGAUAUGAGGAAGUGUUCAGACAAAGAAUUCCGCUGCAGUGAUGGCAGCUGCAUAGCUGAGCACUGGUUCUGCGAUGGUGAUACGGACUGCAAGGACGGCUCAGAUGAAGAGAACUGCCCAUCAGAUAUUCCAGCAGCAACGUGUAGCCUGGAGGAGUUCCAAUGUGCGUACGGCCGCUGUAUCCUGGACAUCUACCACUGCGAUGGAGAUGAUGAUUGUGGGGACUGGUCUGAUGAAUCUGACUGCUCCUCUCACCAGCCGUGCCGCUCUGGGGAGUUCAUGUGCAACAGCGGUUUGUGCAUUAAUGCAGGGUGGAGAUGUGAUGGUGACUUUGACUGUGACGACCAGUCGGAUGAGAAGAACUGCACGACAUCUAUGUGCACAGCUGACCAGUUCCGUUGUAAAUCUAGCCGCUGUGUCCGCCUGUCUUGGCGUUGUGACGGGGAUGAUGAUUGCACUGACAACAGUGAUGAAGAAAACUGUGAUACAGGAACUCCGCAGUGUGCCCCUGACCAAUUUCUCUGUGGGAAUGGACGCUGCAUUGGCCAAAGGAAGUUGUGCAAUGGUGCAAACGACUGUGGCGAUGGCAGUGACGAGAGCCCUGAACAAAACUGCCGUCCUCGAACCGGAGAGGAAAAUUGUAAUGUCAACAAUGGAGGCUGUGCCCAGAAGUGCCAGAUGACUCGAGGGACAGUGCAGUGUACCUGCCACACAGGCUACAGGCUCCUGGAGGAUGGCAGGUCCUGUCACGAUGUGAAUGAAUGUGCAGAGGAAGGUUACUGCAGCCAGGGAUGCACCAACAGCGAGGGUGGAUUCCAGUGCUGGUGUGAGCAAGGCUAUGAGCUUCGCCCGGACAAGCGCAGCUGUAAAGCGCUGGGGCCAGAGCCUGUGUUGCUUUUUGCCAAUCGGAUCGAUAUCCGUCAGGUCUUACCCCACCGCUCAGAAUACACAUUGCUCCUGAACAACUUAGAAAACGCCAUUGCCCUUGAUUUCCACCAUAGCAAGGAGUUGGUGUUCUGGUCUGACGUCACACUGGACCGCAUCAUGAGGGCCAACCUGAAUGGCAGCAAUGUGGAGGAAGUAGUGUCCACAGGACUGGAGAGUCCAGGCGGUCUGGCCAUUGACUGGAUCCAUGACAAGUUGUAUUGGACAGACUCUGGGACAUCUCGCAUUGAAGUGGCAAACUUGGAUGGCACCCACAGGAAGGUGCUUCUCUGGCAGAACCUAGAAAAACCUCGUGCAAUUGCUCUUCACCCUAUGGAGGGCACCAUCUACUGGACAGAUUGGGGAAAUACCCCUCGCAUUGAAUACUCCAACAUGGAUGGCUCCAAUCGGCGCAUCAUUGCUGACACUCAUCUUUUCUGGCCAAAUGGGCUAACCAUUGACUAUGCAGGGCAUCGGAUGUACUGGGUAGAUGCCAAGCAUCAUGUCAUUGAGAGGGCUGACUUGGAUGGACAGAACAGGAAGGCUGUUAUUAGCCAAGGUCUUCCACAUCCUUUUGCCAUCACGGUCUUUGAAGACAGCCUGUACUGGACAGAUUGGCAUACCAAGAGUAUAAACAGCGCCAACAAAUUUACUGGCAAGAAUCAGGAGAUCAUCCGCAACAAGCUUCACUUCCCCAUGGAUAUCCACACGCUGCACCCUCAGCGCCAACCAGCAGGGAGAAAUCGUUGUGGAACAAACAAUGGGGGCUGCACUCACCUGUGUCUACCGAACAACAAGUCAUACACCUGUGCCUGCCCCACAGGCUUUCGGAACACCAGCAGCCACACCUGUGCCCAAAGUCUUGACAAGUUCCUGCUUUUUGCCCGAAGGAUGGACAUCCGUCGCAUCAGCUUCGACACAGAAGACCUGUCUGAUGACGUCAUCCCCUUGGCUGAUGUGCGCAGUGCCGUGGCUCUGGAUUGGGAUGCAAAGGAUGACAAUGUCUACUGGACAGAUGUCAGCACCGAUUCCAUUAGUCGGGCAAAAUGGGAUGGAACAGGCCAGGAGGUUGUGGCGGAUAGCAGCCUGGAGAGUCCUGCUGGUCUGGCAAUUGAUUGGGUCACCAACAAGCUGUAUUGGACUGAUGCAGGAACAGACCGGAUAGAGGUGUCCAACACUGACGGCACGAUGCGGACUGUGCUGAUAUGGGAGAAUCUAGACAGACCCAGAGAUAUUGUGGUGGACCCUGUUGGAGGGUUCAUGUACUGGACUGACUGGGGGGUUAGCCCAAAGAUUGAGCGUGCAGGCAUGGAUGCCUCUGGUCGCUUGGUGAUCAUCUCUUCCAAUCUGACCUGGCCCAACGGACUGGCCAUUGACUACGAGUCUCAGAGUCUGUACUGGGCAGAUGCUGGCAUGAAGACAAUUGAGUACGCUGGCCUGGAUGGCAGUGACAGGAAGGUAUUGAUUGGAAGCGAUCUGCCUCACCCGUUUGGCCUUACUCUUUAUGGAUCUCGGAUCUACUGGACUGAUUGGCAGGCAAAGAGCAUCCAGAGUGCUGACAAAAGGACAGGGCAGAAUCGUGAAACUCUGCAAGACAACCUGGAGAACCUUAUGGACAUCCAUGUCUUUCAUCGACACAGGCCUCCAGUACACACACCAUGCAAAGUUAAUAAUGGUGGAUGCAGUCAUCUUUGCCUCUUGGCCCCUCUUCCUAAAGGUUACAGCUGUACUUGUCCCACUGGUAUCAACCUACAACCAGAUGGCAAAACUUGCUUACCUGGAAUGACCAGCUUCCUAAUCUUUGCUAGGAGGGCAGACAUUCGCCUGGUUUCACUUGACAUUCCAUAUUUUGCCGACGUCGUUGUCUCCGUCAACGUCACCAUGAAAAACACCAUUGCCAUUGGAGUGGAUCCUCAGGAAGGUAAGGUGUAUUGGUCAGACAGCGCACUGAGGAAGAUCAGCAGAGCUGCUCUGGAUGGCUCCCAGUAUGAAGAUAUCAUUACAACAGGGUUGCAGACCACAGAUGGAUUAGCAGUGGACGCUAUUGGUCGCAAAGUAUAUUGGACAGAUACAGGAACCAAUAGGAUCGAAGUGGGUAACCUGGAUGGGACAAUGAGGAAAGUUUUGGUAUGGGAAAACCUGGACAGCCCAAGAGCAAUUGCAUUGUAUCAUGAGAUGGGGUUUAUGUAUUGGACAGAUUGGGGUGAGAAUGCCAAGCUGGAACGAGCAGGGAUGGAUGGCUCCAACCGCAUGGUCCUUAUCAACCACAACUUGGGAUGGCCAAAUGGACUAGCUGUGGAUAGGGCAGGAUCCCAGCUACUGUGGGCUGACGCCCACACUGAGCGUAUUGAGGCUGCAGACCUGAAUGGUGCAAACCGCCGCACCUUGCUCUCUCCGGUGCAACACCCUUACGGCCUCACUCUGCUGGAUUCCUACAUCUACUGGACUGACUGGCAAACACGCAGCAUUCACAGAGCUGACAAGGAUACUGGUGCUAAUGUCAUCCUGGUCAGGGCAAACCUGCCUGGCCUAAUGGACAUCCAGGCUAUUGACCGGGGGCGUCCUCUUGGUGCUAACAAGUGUGGCAUGAGGAACGGUGGUUGCUCCCAUCUCUGCUUACCGAACCCUGAAGGCUUCUCCUGUGCCUGUCCUACUGGCAUCCAGUUGAAGACUGACGAGAGGACCUGCGAUCCUUCUCCUGAAGUCUACCUGCUCUUCUCUAACCGGGGAUCCAUCCGGCGCAUCUCACUGGAUACUAGCGAUCACACUGAUGUUCAUGUCCCUGUUCCAGAGCUGAACAAUGUUAUCUCUCUGGACUAUGACAGUGUAGAUGGCAAGAUUUACUACACAGACGUCUUCUUAGAUGUGAUCAGGCGGGCAGACCUGAAUGGCAGCAAUAUGGAAACAGUCAUUGGCCAAGGACUGAAGACAACAGACGGUCUGGCUGUGGAUUGGGUGGCUAGAAACCUGUACUGGACCGACACGGGCCGCAACACGAUUGAAGUGGCCAGACUAGAUGGCAGCUGUAGAAAAGUGCUAGUUAAUAACAGUCUGGAUGAACCCCGAGCCAUUGCUGUCUUUCCCAGAAAGGGAUACCUCUUCUGGACAGACUGGGGACACAUUGCUAAAAUUGAACGUGCAAACCUGGAUGGUUCUGAGCGCAAGAUAUUGAUCAAUACAGACUUAGGCUGGCCUAAUGGGCUGACCUUGGAUUAUGACACCAGAAGGAUUUAUUGGGUAGAUGCUCACCUAGACCGCAUAGAGAGUGCUGAUCUCAAUGGGAAGCUGCGUCAGGUGCUGGUCAGCCAAGUGUUGCACCCCUUUGCUUUGACACAGCAGGACAGGUGGCUGUAUUGGACAGACUGGCAAACUAAAUCUAUCCAGCGCGUGGACAAGUAUUCUGGUCGGAAUAAGGAGACCGUGUUAGCCAAUGUUGAAGGGCUUAUGGAUAUCAUUGUGGUCUCUCCUCAAAGGCAGACAGGCACAAACGCUUGUGGAGUGAAUAAUGGAGGCUGUACCCAUCUCUGCUUUGCCAGGGCUUCUGACUUUGUUUGUGCAUGUCCAGAUGAGCCGGAUGGGCGGCCGUGCUCCAGUGUUCCUGGCACAGGCCCCCCAGAUCCUGAGACCACCCAUUCAAGCAAAAAGAGUCAGACUCCUGUUAGUAGAGACAGCUCUACGACCACCAAACCCAUCAUAUCCGUGGAAACACCAGAAGGAAACUGCUCGGACAAAAAGGUUGGCCAAGACCUAUGCAGUCGAGCAAAUGAAGCUGUGCCAGCAACCACAGGAGAAGGGCUGCAUGUCAGUUACAUUAUUGGAGGCCUUCUCAGCAUAUUGAUCAUUCUGCUGCUAAUUGGUGCUGUGAUUAUUUACAGGCGCAAGAAGUCCAAGUUCACAGAUCCUACCCUGAGUAACCUUACGUACAGCAACCCCUCUUAUCGGACAUCUACCCAAGAGGUGAAGAUUGAAACUGUUCCCAAGCCAGCCAUGUAUAACCAGCUAUGCUUUAAGAAGGAGGCUGGCCCUGAUCAUAGCUACACCAAGGAAAAGAUCAAGAUCGUAGAAGGAAUAUGCCUCUUGUCUAGUGAUGAGUCUGAAUGGGACGACCUCAAACAGAUACGGAGCUCUCGGGGAAGUAUUCUCCGCGACCACGUCUGCAUGAAGACUGAUACUGUCUCUAUUCAAGCCAGUUCUGGCUCACUGGACGACACCGAAACUGAGCAACUGUUGCAGGAAGAGCAAUCGGAAUGCAGCAGCAUCAACGCAGCAGCUACUCCUGAGCGCCGUGGCUCCCUUCCAGACACAGGCUGGAAGCACGAACGCAAACCCUCAACAGAGAGUGAAGUCUAAAGCACACGCAAAGACACUGUCCCUCCUUCUCUGCCAUCCUUCGCACUGAUGAGAUAGGAUCCUGCCUGCUAUUCAAGGAGGAACUUGGAGAUUAGCCUCUGUGUCACAUGGAGCGCAGAGACUGCCUUUGGUGAGGAGCCUGAGCUAGACUGUGCCUUAUUGGCUGAUGGGACACAACUCAGAGACCCUUUUGGCUCAUUGUUAGUUUAUGUUUAUUUAUAUGUCCCCGCUUCCUAGAAGCUGUGGUGUUGAAUUCAGAAGCAGCUUUUUCAGCUGAGUCUGAUGCGGCUUUCAUCCAUUCUAGUACACAAACUGGCCAAGGACUCUGCACCACCAGUGGCCAGAAUUUCUGAACUACCCGCUCCUGAUACCUGUUACCUUUUCUUCAGAUGCUGUUAGCACUAACUGGAUUUUGCACUGCACUCUUAUUACCUUAAGGUGAAAGGGUUGGAGCCAGUGAAGGUGCCUGAAGUGAGAAAGGUGAUGUAAGAACAGGUCACUUUGCAGAUACUUGUGCAGGGAAAGCAAAGGCAGCUGCAAUGUUGUUGCAGAGGGCGCUAAAAUAUCACUGCCUUCUUUUCAAGCUGUGGGUGUGAGGAAUCCAAGGGGCAAAGCAUGCAGUCUGUUGCUGGCAAUAGACAGUUGUUCCUGCGGUGUCCAGUUCAUUGUGCUAGAAUGUGCACUCUCUUCCUAAAACAUUUUUUCUGUUUUGUUUUUCAAAUAGAACAUACACAUCUGUUCCCUGGGGGGACUGAUUUUUUAUUUUUAUUUUUACUGCACUUCCCAUUAGUUUUGAUUUGCCAAGGAAGUGUUCGGUGCAAUAGUAUUGUAUCAUAAUUCUUUGUUAGUCAAUUCAACAGGCCCAUUCUCUGGAAAUGUGUGCUAUUGCGGGUGGGGAUAGCCAGUGGAGCAAGUUGUUAAUUUUUUUUUAAAUGGAGUAGAAUUGGACAAGAGGUGUGCUCAAAUUCCAGCUCCAACGUGCUGCUGGAAAAACUCAGUGGGGGAUUUUUUCUAAGUCUUUUGUUUGUUUGUUUUUGCCAGUGUUCCUCUUUGGAAGUUCUGGAAGGAAGGAUUUGCUCACGCCUUUUUUCUCGUAUCUGCUGUAUGGCUUGAGCAGUGAAAGUGGGGUGUCAAAAAACGGGUGUGUGCAAUUGAAAGAUAAUGUGUAUGGCUAGGAGAAGGCAGGCAGGUGGCAGUAAUAAUUCAGGAGGCAUGCUAUGAAACAUUUCAUCCUAUAAAGUUCCUUCCAUCCUCACUGCAACAAGGCCACUACUAUUUCCAGGCUGGGAAAAAGAGAUCCAAGGCUGAUAAACUGCCCUUUUAGAACUUGCAGGUGAUGGUUUGUGCAACAAGUAGUCAGUUGUUGCAGAGGGUCCAGACAUCCUUUGGCAAGAUGGCACUUACAUUGCAGAGAAGCUCUAUCCAAAACUAUUAACCACAAUAUUUUAUCUCUGGGAGAAUGCAACUCUAUUCUCCACUCAUCCUGCCACUCUUGUGAUUGGUGAGUGAUGCACGAAUUGUGGUUGUGUGAGUGUCUGUGAUAUCACUCUAUUGAAGAGCACAUGAUCUAUAUACCAGUACCCAUAACAUUUUGUCACCUGAAGCAGGGAAGGAGCAAGUAUUUAAAAAUACAGUGAUGGACUCCACUUACUCCCUUGUCCGUUUCAAAAGUGCUCCCUUUGAGUUACAUUUUACUGUUUUGUUUUUCACUCUUUAAAAGUAAUUUGGGGGCUAUUCCUCCAUUUUCACCACUGGAACUCACUCUCCCACCCCCAGCUUGUGGCUUUUGUUCUGCAAACAGCCUUUACUGCUGUCA